AUGGGCGAUUUGACGGAAUCAUCGACUCCGCAGCCGCCGGCGCCGGCCAAGCAACCCCCUUUCCGCGAGGACUGCUGGUCGGAGGAGGCCACGUGGACUCUGGUCGACACCUGGGGACGCCGCUACCUAGAGCUAAACCGCGGAAAUCUCCGCGGCAAGGACUGGCAGGAGGUCGCCGACGCCGUCAACUCCCUCCACGGCCACACCAAGAAGACCCGCCGCACCGACGUCCAGUGCAAGAACCGGAUCGACACUCUCAAGAAGAAGUACAAGGUCGAGAAGGCCAAGAUCUCGGAUCCCACCGCCUCCACCUGGCCCUUCUUCUCCCGACUUGACUUUCUGAUCGGAUCUGCGAACGCCAACAAACAACAUAGCAGGCCCGCUCCGCCGGCGGCUUCCCCUGUUCAGACGCCCUUGUUGAUGCCUCCGCCGCCGCCCCUGGGCCUCCCCUCGCCACCAAUGGCGGUGCCCAUUCCCUUCCGCAAGCCGCUGACUCCCGCCAUGGUCACACCGGUGGUCCUUCCCCAGAAGCGUCCGGCUGUCGAUGAGUCCUUCUUCAGGAGGAAUUACUCGGCUAUGGCGGCAGCAGCGGCGGCGGCCGCCACUGAAGAGGCGGAGGAAGAGGAUGAGGAAUCUGAGGGGGAGGGAAGCGGUGGUCGAGCGGCGGAGGAGGUGGAUGAAGGGGAGGAUGGCGUGAGGAGGUUGGCAAAGGCCAUUGAGAGGUUUGGUGAGAUAUACGAGAAGGUGGAGAACAUGAAGCAGAGGCAGAUGGUGGAGCUGGAGAAACAAAGGAUGCAGUUUGCUAAGGAUUUGGAGGUUCAGAGGAUGAGGUUGUUUAUGGAUACACAGGUUCAGCUCGAGAAGCUUAAGCAGGCCAAACGCUCGGGUUCUUCAGGUACUUAUGAAAUGCAUCAAAAAGUGGUCUUUUGGUGUUAUGUGCAAAGGUUUUGUGUUGAUUAUCACUUGCAGAGGCCAAAGGAAUUGCAUUUGGGUUGA